AUGCAACCAGUGAAUUCAACACCGAAACGUGGUCAUCCACUAGAUAAAAGCGGAGGUUCGAUCAGCAACGGAAGAGGUCUCCGUAAAUAUCCUCGAAGGGGUAUUGACAAUAAUGCACAUAAGCACUCACAUAAUGUACAACCAGAAAUUAAUUUACAAACACAGCAACCAUCGUCUUCGAUGUCGUCAGAUGUAAGACAACAUCAAGAGAUAAAUCAAGAUAAUACGAAUCGUAAACGAAUUUCUUUUAAUCAAUUGAAGCACGCGGUAUCGUCUAAUUUACCAUGUUUCUUUAUUGAAUUCACCUCGGAUGCGGAUCGUAAUAGCAUUCCAACAGCUCUUCAUGCAAGUGAUCUUAUACUGAAAGAACUGCAAACCAAUGGUGUUUUAAUCAAUAGAUUUACAUUAGUAGGAUGGGCAGGAAAAAAGCUAAAGUUAGGUGUUAAUAAUAAAGAAGAUUACGCUACUCUCGUCAGUUCGGAUAAAUGGCCAACAAAGAUAAAUGGAAUUGAUAUUGUGGUCGUGAAACCAAAAUAUAUACCUGACUCAUUCGCUCUCGUCGUCCGUUACGUACCUAGGGAAUUAGAUGAAAAUUUUGUUUCCAAUGAAAUUCAGCGAACAAUUGCUUCUGCAGAUCGUAUUAAACAUUAUGGUGAAUAUAAUGCUGUGUUGCAACUGGGUCGAAUUGCAAUAGGUCAUUCGUGGUUAUCGAUCACCAAGUUUUAUCCGGGAAAUCGUUUAACUUACUGCACGAAAUGUUGGCGUAUUGGUCAUUUAAGGAACAAAUGCAACUCAGAAAGCAAAUGUCGUAUUUGUCUUGAAAGUCUGAAUGUCAAUACUCCUCAUAUGUGUAAAAAUGUACCGAAAUGUGCUCAAUGUGAUGGAGAUCAUCAUUCGUUGGAUAGUCAAUGUCAAGUUUUAAAAGAAUAUAAAGAUCAAUUAAAGGAAGAUGUCGAAGAUGCCAUACAAAAAGGACUAUUACAGCGAUUCUCACCGCAAGAGAAAGCACCUACAUUUGAACGUCGAGAGCAAGACUUUCCACCAUUAGCAGCAAGUGAUAAUAAUUCUAAUAAAAAAUGGAAUACUGCGCUACCACGUACAACUGUUGAAUCGAAUAAUUUACGAGCAUCAUAUACUGAUAAAACAAUUGAAUCCAUCAAUGAUAAUCUGACAAAACUAAUUGAUAGUAACAAACGGCUUGAAAAUAAAGUUGAUCUAGUAUCAUCAAGUAUAAAAACCGUUACUCUCGAUAUUCAGCUACAUCAAGCAGUCUUAGCAGAUACUAUCAAUAUGAUGAAAGACUUCAUGCAAUAUGUUAUACCAGCAUCGUUAACUGCUAGCAAAAUUGAAAGAUCAUCGUUGGUACAGGUCACGAGCGAAUACUACAAGCGCCUUCAUGUCGCGUCCUCAAGAUUAAUAAAUGGUUUCCAAUUAAAUCAAUUAAAUCAGCAAGUUGAUCUGUUUGUGCAUAAUACUAACAUUGAUCAACACUCUGCAUCAGAUCACAAAUCAUCACAGAAUGAUAAGUAGAACGUCAGAUCUUAAUGUACACGCUAAAGUUUUCUUUCCUGCUUCAGAGAAUUAUUCAUUUAGUCCUAUAGAUGAAGCUAUGCACCGGCUGAAAACUUGGAAUUUUGCACCUAAAGAUCAGAAAUUAGUAUUAUCUCUUUUAGAUGAAUGGUACAUGGGUAGAACCUUGAACACAGUCUUAGAACAAUGGGGAAAUGCUGGAAUAGCUCCUUCACAAAUCCAAAAAGAACAUAUUAAGUUCCUAUGUUACAAUGUCGAAGGUUGGGGUACGCGUGUGCUUGAAGCUAUUGAUUUAGUGUAUCAAAUUCAAGCUUCUAUUGGUAUAUUUACUGAAGUUGAUGAGUUAUGGAACAUGAGCCGAUUACCACAUUUUAACACGUUCUAUCAAAAGGGAACUAACAAGAAUGGAUGAGUAUGUAUAGCAGUAGGGAAGCAUCUGAAAGCGACGCGCAUCGAGGUUAACAUUCCGAACACAGUUGUCAUUGAUAUAACAGGUCUAUCAGAACCAGUACGUAUCAUUGGUAUUUACUGGCCCACUAGUCAAGAGCGUGAUCUUGAUGAUAUCUUGUCUUAUGUCGUAGAAGGUACCAUACUAUCAGGUGACCUUAAUGCAACAGUCAAGGAAUGGAAUAGUCCAAUAACUGAUAGAAGAGGUGCGCACGUGAAAGAAUGGAUUAAUGAAAAUAAUCUCAAUUACAUUCCAUCAACGUCCAACUCAUCUAAGCGCUCUCUACGUAAUAUAGAUUUGUCGUUCUCUAAUAUGAGUACUAUUUCAAGCGAAACAUUGUUUUUUGGCACUAGUGAUCAUUGGCCGAUUGUGUUAUCGUGUGAGAACAUUUUUUUCGAUAUAAACAGUUUUUUUCCUCAUACAAAUCGGAAGGCAUUUGAAGCAGUAAUAACGCUAUUACAAACAUUCUGGAUGAGAGAACAAAAAAAAAUAGUGCUGAUGAGUGGUACAAACAAUAUAUUCGUUUCAUCGCGGCUGUCAAAAAUAGAGUGACUCAUUGAAAAGAGAGAGAUAAAUAUAAACCAUCAUUACCGGAGUAUAUCAUCGAAAAAUUAAAAGAAAUACGAAAAGUGAGAAAUAGAUAUUAUUAUUUAAGACAUAAGGGAGUUUUUAAUGAGGAAACGAGGGUGCUACUACGUACAAUGACGAGAGAGACCAAAGUUGAAGUUGCUAAAUACAAAAAUGCUCAAUGGCAAAAUUUUUUGGUUAACAUUCAAACGUCUUACAAUAAAUCAGAUAAAGCGUUUUGGACACACUUAUCUCGCAUUCACAAACCGCGUACGCUGCCUUUUUAUAAACUUUCGGAUGGCUCUAAAAUAAUAUCAACUCAACAAGAAAUUACAAACGAACUAUAUCAGUAUUAUAGUGAACAGUUUAAAGCAUCUGCUCUGGAUUGUUAUAAUGUACAUGAAACUCAUUUAGACAUUGAAUAUAAAGAGUUGUUAAAUAAAUUAAUAAUCUCAAAAGAUAAAGUCGAAAAAACUAGUGUUUGGGAAAUCUCACGAUUAAUUGAAACGUUAAAGCCUAAGAAGUCAGCAGGUUUUGAUUUGUUGUCAAACUUCAUAAUUAAAAAACUUCCUCCAAGUUACAUCGAGUGC